UAAAUUCAUCUCUUCCACAGAUGUGUGCAAACGCUGCAACCGCAGUAUCCCUUUCAUUCACUCUGACACAGUCGGAAACUCAAGAUAUGGGGCUGGCUUCCACCACCUCCACCUCCUCCCUGCUCUCCGCCACUUUUUGCACCGCCAGAAGAGGCUUUCCUCCGCCGCGCCAUGCCCAUCAUAACCAUUUCCGCUUCCUCUCAACUCUUAAAAAAUGCAAUUUAAACAGGCAAGUACCGGUAGGAAAGAAUAGAGGUGAGAGAGUAAGGUGUAGUGCAGUGGAAGUGGAAGAUGAAGCAUGUGAAUUAGUCAAUGGAGUUGAGCUUUCAAUUGGUGAAGGAGAUGACAAUAUUCAAGCUUAUCUCUUCAAGGCAGUGAAGAACAAUAAUGGAUCAGGUGUGUUGCUUUUAUCUGAUAUCUUUGGGUUUCAAGAUUCAGCCACAAGAGAUUUUGCAUACCAAGUUGCCUGCCAUGGUUACAAUGUCCUUGUUCCAGACCUAUUUCGUGGUGAUCCCUGGGCAAAGAACCGGCCGAAAACAAUGUUUGAACAAUGGUUGGCUAACCAAGACCCUCGGAGGGUUGCAAAUGACAUUGCGACCUCGACAAAAUGGAUGGUCGAUGAGUUUACAGCCGCCGGAAUUUCAAAGAAACUUGGUAUCAUCGGUUUCUGUUUCGGAGGCGGGCGAGUGAUAGACAUUUUAGCUGCAGACCAGGGUGCUUGUUUUAGCACUGCUGUCUCGUUUUAUGGCACCAGGAUGGAUGAGGCAGCGGCAUCUAAGAUAAAGGUGCCUGUUUUGUUCAUUUCAGGAGACGAUGACCCGCUCUGUCCGGUUAGUGUUUUGAGUGAGUUUGAGAAGAUCAUCGGCAAAGGUUCCAGGGUUGUAAUCUUCGAAGGAAGAGGUCAUGCCUUUGCCCAUCGACCCGGAUCUCUGGAAGAGGAUGAAGACGCAGAGCAGGCGUUUACGUUAAUGAGGAAUUGGCUACAUGAUGCCCUUGUCAUAAACAGUUGAGCGCAUGUGUUUAUGGUUAUCUUGUAGGUUGUUGAAGGAAGAAUUGGUGCAUCGUCCUUGUAAUACCCUGAACAAGCAAUUUGUUCUCGAUAAUGUAUAUAAGCUAAUGUCCUUUUUCAUCUCAUUUACAUUGCAAGAAUUUCCAGAAUCCCCUUUUCA